AAAGAUGAAAUAUUUUCAUCUUUUAAAGCCCUGAGGGCCGCACAUUCCGGAUGUUAUGCAUUAUAGAUACGUGUACUAAGAAUUGAGUUUGCUUUAUUUACAGAAUUUUUUACAUCUGAUGCAAAGGAAUAUUUAUUUAUUUACUAUAAGAACACAGAAAAAACAGAAUCGAGAGCCAAAGUAUUAAAUUUUCACAGUCUAAUUGCAUCAAACUGAUUUGUUCACCUUGGAAAUAAAUAUACCAUUCAACCAUGAGGGAAAAAGGAAAUAUACUCAUUCCAGAGCCAAGAAACAUCUUCGAAAAUGAAGUGGAUGCUGUUUUGUUUCUUGGCCAUGGAAAUCAUCUCCUCGGUGGUAUUAGCUAAUGAUGUACCAUAUUUGUGCACUGAAAAGGAUGACAGGGUCUGUGAUGAAUAUAAGUGUGUCUGUAGGCGGUGGAGGCGAGAGUCUGAACUCCUGUGAUAUAAUAAAACAAUAGUCCUAGCCCCGCUGGGUAUUUCAAUUGAAAGAUGAAAUAAAUAAAUUAUAUAAAUUGUAA